AUGGCAUUUUGGAUGUUGUUACCCUCAAGCAGUGUGGGUAUGAGGAGAUCAAGGCUAGAGGACCCACAAGAUCUGCUAUUCUACUUGGGAGCAGUAGAGCUGCAGAGCUCAGUAAGAGUAAUGAAAGUAAAAGCAGAAGUUUUACCAAACAAAGUUGCUAAAACGCUUGUUCAAGAUGCCUUCUCAAAAGGAGCUGUUUGUUUGGACGGAAGUCCAGCAGCAUACCAUUAUGACAAAGGGUAUGGAGAUGGAGUCAAUAAUUGGGUAGUUUGGCUUGAGGGAGGAGGAUGGUGUAAACGUGUGGAAGAUUGUGGACGCCGGUUUAACUACAGCAAUGGCUUCUCUAACCAUAUGGACAGUAAAAGUUUCUACGGGUUGCUAAGCAACUCGACAACGUCUAAUCCAGAAUUUUACAAUUGGCACAGAAUUAUGAUCAGAUAUUGUGAUGGAUCUUCUUACACAGGAGACGUUGAAUUAGUCGAUAAAGCUACCAAUCAACAUUAUAGAGGUGCAAGGAUUUUUCAAGCGAUUAUGGAGGAACUACUAGCCAAAGGAAUGAAGAAUGCCAAAAAUGCUAUUCUAUCGGGUUGUUCAGCUGGUGGAUUGGGAACUAUGUUCCAUUGUGAUCGUUUUCGAUCUCUAUUACCAAGCACAGUUAGAGUAAAAUGUCUCUCAGAUGGUGCCUACUUUUUGCUCGACAAUGAUUUCAAGACAGCCAAGAUAUUGGAAUCAACCUACCGUGGAGUGGUUAACUUACAUAAUUCAGCCAAAAUGUUGCCUCCAUCAUGUACUUCAAGAAUGAAUCCAACAUCUUGUUUCUUCCCACAACAUAUACAACAAGAUAUCAAGACCCCACUUUUCAUACUCAAUUCUGCAUAUGAUUCAUGGCAGAUAGUAGACACCGUUAUACCAUUCGCAGACCGACAAGACUUUGCAGAAAAUUGUAAGAAAAACUUAAGUAAAUGCUCCCCCGAUCAGCAAAAGAUGUUACAAGGUUUCGGGGCAGAAUUUUUAAGUGCAUUACCAAAAUCAUAUAGCCCUUCACAGAGAGGAAUGUAUAUCAACUCUUGCCUCAUGCAUUGUCAAACUGACCAUGAUUGGAGCUGGAAUAGUAAUAGUGACUUGUUGAAUAAUAAGACAAUUGCAAAGGUAUUUGGUGACUGGUUCUUUGAACGAGAUCCCUCACGAGAGAUGGUCAAACAACAAGAUCUGCCACAAAUCUGUAGUCCGCCUUCUUAA